AUGGCGCUGUCGCUGGCGCAUAGCAACAAUCUCUCCUACAGCAGCAUCGUGGAGAUCCACAAACUAUACGGCGAUUAUCUCUACUCGCAAGAGAACUACGAGGAGGCCAUCGCGGAGUACAUCAAAACCAUCGGCGUUUUCGAGCCGUCCUACGUGAUCCGCAGGUUUCUGGACGCGCAGCGUCUGCCCUGCUUGACGACGUACUUGGAGGCGUUGCACAACCAGGGCUUGGCGAACACGCAGCACACCACGCUCCUGAUCAACUGCUACUGCAAGAUGCAUCAGCGCGACAAGCUCAAGGAGUUCAUCUACACCGACAGUCGCGAAAAGCGAUUUGACGUCGCGACUGCGAUUCGCGUGCUGACCGACUGCGGAUGGGAGAAGGAGGCGCUGCAUCUGAGUCGGAAAUACGCGUACCACCACGACUAUCUCCGCCUGCUCAUCGAAUACGAGCGCGACUUCCAGACCGCGGUGGACUACAUCCACUCGCUCGUGUUCCACGACGCCGAGGCCAUGAUCCAGGAAUUCGGGCGCGUUCUCCUCGACGAGGUCCCGCAGCCCACCACGCAGCUCUGCAUUGAGCUCUGCACCGACUAUCAACAAACCUCCGUCUCGCGGUUCUACUCCCCGGAGCCCGAGCAGGAACUGGCGCUCUCCCCGCUCCAGUCGCUUCGCCGCAGUCUCCAGCGCUCCUUCAACUCCAAACGCGCCACCAAAUCCACGCUGGCGACCGCUGCGCCCGCGCUGCUGGCGUCGCUGAGCGGCUCGGCGCUGGACCCCAAGUUCGGCAACCCGUCGAGCUACAUCCAUCUCUUCGCGUCGCACAGCGAUCUCCUCGACAUUUUCCUCUCCGACGUCGUGAAGCGCCCGCAGCCGUGCGACGCCUCGACGUGGAACGCGCUGCUGGAGCUGGCGCUUCGCAAAGAGGCGGAGCCGAGCCAACCCGAGAGCCAAACCGCAUCGGAAGUGGUGGUGCAGCGGCGAAGCAGCGUGAUGAGCAUCCUCACCGACCCGCGCGCAGCGUACGACGAAGAGGAAGCGCUGAUCCUCGUGCAGACGUACAACUCCGCGGAGGGGCAGGUCUAUCUGUACAAGAAGCUGGGCAUGUACUCGCUGCUGCUGCAGCACUACUUGCAGCACAACGACCCGCGGAACUGCAUCGCGGUCUGCAAGACCUUCGGCGAGCAGAGCAAUGACCUCUGGCUCCAGCUGCUGACGAUGCUGGCGCAGCAGAGCGAGCUGAACCUCGCGCUGAUCCGCGAGAUUUUGGACUAUAUCGAGAAGACGAACGUGGUUCCGCUGCUCACCGCGCUGCAGAUCGUUUCGCAGAACGACAACAUCCAGCUGGGGAUGGUCAAGCAGUUCAUUAUUCGACACGUGCGGCGCCGACGCGGAGCUGUGCAGACCGAUCGCGAGAAAAUCAGCGACAUCAUGACCACCAAUCAGCAUUUAAAGCAGGAAAUCUCCGCGAUUAUGAACGACGCCAGGCUCUACCAGACCAACAAGUGCGCCCACUGCAAUCUCCCGCUGGAGCUGCCGAUCGUGCGCUUCGUGUGCGGUCAUAGUUAUCAUUCCGGAUGUCUUUCCUCCGAUUCGCCGGGAUGCAGUCGAUGCGCGUACAAGUUCAAGCCCUACUUGGUGCUGCAGCCGGCUCCGACGGAAGAGGAGUACUUGGAAGCGAUGGAGAAGGAGAAGGAUGGACUGGGAGUAACGGCCGACUAUUUUGGAAAGAGAAUGUUUACGAAUAUGGAGAAGAGAUGAAAACAAAUGUUUU